AUGACUACGGUCGAUUUCCCGGUAGUUUUGCGUCCAUUGGUAAUUCAGGAUGUAGAGGCCGUGAAAGCGUAAUACUUUUUGACAUAACCUGCUUUUUAAACAAUUAUAUGUUUAUAAUUAACAUUAUCAACGUAUCAUUUUUUGUUAUAUUGUACUUGUUUUUGUCGCCAUUCUGUUUUAAAUACCUUUCUCCUAAUUUUAAUAAUUUGAAAUUUUUAAUUGAACGAGCAAGAAGCUUUUGGUAAUAGUAAGAUAAAUAAUAAAAAGCUAUUUACAGACUGAGCGAUAUAGUAUUUCCGAUAAAUUACCCAUUAGGAUACUUUUGUGAAUGCAUUACCCAAGGAGAGCAUGAUCACUUGAGCAUUUUCGGCCCAAUUGGACUGAACGGCUUUGUCUUUAUCAUCAAGAACUACCACUCUCCUUUGUACGGCUUACGGUACACUCCAGAAGACGCGGAGGUUGCCAAGCUCAGCAACUAUAAGGUAAUACUUUGCACUUACUUUCAACAUAUCCUACUUUGAUACACUUACCUUUUCAGUGCGCUUAUAUCUCCACCAUCGCCAUCCAACCUUCACAUCAACGUCGCGGACUAGCUUCAUUCAUGAUGGCACAAAUUAUGUAUCAAAUGAGCAAGUCCGAGAAACCUCCAGACGUCCUUUACCUUCAUGUCAUGACGACCAACGAGAAAGCCAUCAGGUUCUACCGCAAAAUGGGAUUCGAAAAGUUCAAAAAAGUGAAAAACUUUUACAAAAGCUGCUCCAUCUAUCCAGAUGCCUACAUCAUGAUCAAAAAACUCGACUUUAACAAACCACAAAGUGUUUCUAGUGCUGAAAAAUAA